ACAGUGUCGGAAAGUUGUCCAAAAGCCUCACGAGCAGGUCCGAGCACGACUGUGACGAACUGAAGAAAGAAAAAAAAAAAAAAAGAAAAAAAAAAAAAAGAAAGGUACCUACGGAUUUGUUCGGGACUUUUUCUCUGUGUUUCCCUGCCUCGGACAGAAAGCUGUAACCUGCUCCUCCAUUUUUAAAGCCCUCCUCAGCUCCACUGUAAAUAGACAAAACAACAGAAUGACAUCACAUUUCAGGAGCGGCCCAGCCUUCGGUCUCUCUGCCGAGGUCAAGAGUAAGCUUGCAGGGAAGUAUGACCCCCAGAAGGAGGAGGAGCUGAAGCUGUGGAUUCAGGAUGUGACCGGCAAGAGGAUGGGGGACAGCUUCAUGGAGAGCCUGAAGGAUGGAGUCCUGUUGUGCGAACUCAUUAAUGUUCUCCAGCCUGGUUCUGUGAGAAAGAUCAACCACUCCAGUCAAAACUGGCACCAGCUGGAAAACAUAGGGAACUUUGUCCGUGCGAUCACAGAGUACGGCCUGAAGCCACAUGACAUCUUUGAGGCCAACGAUCUGUUUGAGAAUGUCAACCACACUCAGGUCCAGAGCACGCUCAUUGCUCUGGUUGGAAUUGCCAAGUCCAAAGGUUUCCGCUCCAAGUAUGACUUUGGAGUGAAGUACGCCGAGAAGCAGCAGCGCCGCUUCGCUCCAGAGAAGCUCAGGGAGGGACGCAACAUCAUAGGCCUGCAGAUGGGCACCAACAAGCUUGCCAGCCAAAAGGGCAUGACCUCUUACGGCACACGGCGCCACCUGUAUGAUGCCAAGAUGGGCAUGGACAACCCGCUGGACCAGUCUACUAUCAGCCUACAGAUGGGUACCAACAAAGGAGCCAGCCAGUCUGGCAUGACAGCUCCGGGAACCAGGAGGCACAUCUUUGACAAGAAGCUGGAGCUGGAGAACUGUGACACCACCACCAUCUCUCUGCAGAUGGGCACCAACAAAGUGGCUUCCCAGCAGGGCAUGACCACCUACGGCCUGCCCCGCCAGGUCUAUGACAACAAGUACUGCACCAACCCCACCGAGGCCUACUAUAACAACGGCAGCGAGGUGGAGUUCGACGGCUACAACCAGUACUCAGAUUAAAAAAACACGGACAGCCUCACCGCCCCCCAUCCCCCCCCCCCCUCCCCUUUUGCUUUAACUUCAGACAAACAACCACAACUGUCUUUGUGAUGAGCAAACCUCCCAGUCUGUUAUUUAACACUGAUUGACGUCACUGUCGUCUUUAUUGCCCCUUUUUUUUCCCUAAACAUAGUUUUACUCUUGGGAAUUUAUUGUUUUUCUUUCCAUGAAUAAAACAAAAAAAGUGUUUACACUGACCUUACGUCAAAAGAUUUAAUUUAGUGGCCAACGUCUGUAUCUCAUUGCGCUGAUGAAUUUUAUUACUGCUAAAAACACCCAAACAACACUUAGUUUGAGAUCAAAUGACCUUUUGCUAUUUAUAGAUUUAUUUUCUACUGCUUUUUAUAUUUGCAUUGUAAUUAGAGAUAUUUUUUUUUUUUUUUUUUUUUUUACUUUUUAUACCCCUGGCCUCACCUCCCUUACCCGUCCUGUCCAGUUUGAACACUGACGAAGCAGAAUCUGAUCGUUCCUUGAAAGGAAACAAGUGACUGUGUUGGUGCUAUUGAACUUCAACCCAGUUGGAACAGAGUCCACGUCGGAGCUCCGCAGGCUCCGGGAUCCCGCCGCUCGGGAUGACGCAGAAGCCCCGGGUCCACAGGUUGACCCGGGGGGGGGGGGCGAACAAUGCAGGAGGACUUGUAACUUUGUGCGGACAUCGCUUUUGUUUUGUGAGCACCUGCGCUGACAAAUAGUCGUGUUCACAGGCCUGCCAGAUUACCCGUUUUGCCGAUGUUACUGGGCUGAUUUACAUGGCUUGUGUGCAGCGUGAGUCUUUGGUUUUUGAGGAGGUAUUUAGAAAAAGUAGCAGGGUCUGUCAGACAAUGCAUUUAUAAACUUUAAAAAAAAGUAAAUGUAAGUUUUGUGAUAUCCAGUUUGAUGUUGGGGUAAACUAGGUCACCAGUAGUUUUUUUUGUACUGAGAGUGAAGCUGUUGUCUUUUUGCUUCCAGCCUUUUGGAAACAUUUCCCGCUUGCCUUCUGCCUCAGUGAACUUUGGCUUUAGUGCUGUUGCUCCUUUUGCACUUUACCUGGCCUCACCUUUUAUGUGCUGUAAACAGUGGAGGAUGAAACUAAGUGCAGUUACUCAGAUACUGUACUUGGAUAUAAAUUUUAGGGUACUUGAACUUUACUUGAGUUUUCCAUUUGAUGCCACUUUUUACUUAUACUCCAUUACAUUUGUCAGUUAUAGUUACUUUAAAAAAUGAGAUUUUUUACAUACAAAACAAAUUAGUUUAUUAAGUAUGUUGUAAGUAUAAGUAACAAUAUUUUACUUCACUUACUUUCAUAAUUAAAGAACAUUUUGCUGAUAAUGCAAAAGGAGUAUUUUUACAUUGUGGUAUUGCUACAUUUACCUAUGCAAAGUGUCUGAGUACGUUGUCCACCACUGGCAAUAAAUAGCAAUAUCAAAGCAGACCCAGGUGCUUGCUGAUAAUUGCUAAUGUGAAUCAUGCCAAAUAUACAGAUGAGAUCCUCCUUUUGAACCUUCUGCAUCAUACUGUUAACCCACCGAAUGUCUUGAAUGUAAAAGUUAGAAGUGCCUCUAGCUGUCACAGGAUUCAUUUUCAACACAUUAGAGUGCAGAAAUUUACACUUACAUUUCAGUUUUGGCUUUAAAUGGUGUCAGAAGUAAAUGGACCAACAUAUUUGAGCUCCUGAUUUUAAAAGCAUCACAGCUAUGAUUUUGGACAUGUGGCAGGGCGACAUCUAGUGGGGGGAAAAAAAAGCAUGAGUAUAUUUACUGUAUUUUUAAUCCAUCAAACGACCAAACAUUAUUUUUAUUCCAUCAAAUAUAGGAAUGUAGCUAAUUUAUUGAUCAUCAUUCCCACCCUGAUAUCCACAAUGGCAAUAAUGUCGAGUAAAUGUAUAGUAACAUUUCACCCUAAUGUGUUGGCUUUGUUUCAACAUUGUUCAAACUAUACAUCUUUGCUAACCUCUUGAUUUUUUUUUUUUUUUGAUUUUUUUUUUUUCUAUAUGCCUUUCACUAAACAUGACAUUUGUGCAAUAAAAACACUUCAAAAAUAUGGUUCUGGUGUAAUUUUCUCUUUACUGUCAUUACAUCAAAUUACACAGUAAACGUGAAAUCCACAUAAGUAGUGUAACAGAAAUAACAUGAUUGUGAUUUUAAAAAGGAACAUAAUAAAAUCAAGCAGUACAAAUAUAUAUAUAUACUGGUCCAAAACAAUUAAGGAUUUGGCAGUUCAAAAAACAAAAAAACAAACAAAAGAAAAACUUAAUGUUUCAGUGCAUUAGUGACAGGGUUGAAAACUAAAACACUACUACUAACACAAAAGUAACACUUGUAUGUCUCAUUAUAAUCUGUAUUCAACCCCAAAGAGUAGAGAAUAUUUUUUUUCAUCUAUAAAUUCACAAAAAAUGAAGGACAUUGAAUGUUUUAUACUUGUAGAAAUAUCUGUCAGAUUACAUUUUAAACUUACGACAGUUUGGUCCCGAAAAAGACGAAAUCUUGAUCCAAUAUAAAAUAAAGAAUCACUCUCCAUAAGUGAAUCACUGAAAUGAAAUAUGAAAACCUUUACAUUGAGAACUGAUGUAGAGAGGUUAGUGUCAAAACAACAUGACGACACUCUGGCCCAGCCAGACAGAUGCGUCAUGCUCAGCAAGCCACACUGUAGCAAAAAUGAAAACUAAGGAUGUCAUACACUUAAAAACGGAAAAACAUAAUGUCUGCUACAUGGUGCUAAACAGGAAGUGAUUCACCAGACCAAUCAAAGAGGUGUUACGUGAGUGAGGUUAGAGAAAAGGUGAGUCACAGCAAAACGGGACUACUGAUUGGCUGCUUCACAGGCAUCAAUCCAGUCGCUGUAAACAUCCACUGGCUCGGACAGAUCUGUAGAGGAAGGGUUAAGGGAUAUUCCACAUGUACAGGCAAGACACACACA